GUUCAACAGCGAGGUUUUCUUUUUUUUUUUUUCAGCGCUGCGCAACCGAAGAACGACGUCACCCAAAUCUUUCAAAGCACGACUGAGGGAAAACAGCCGAAUUUGGGAGAGAGCAACGAAGUCAAGGCCACCAAGAUAAGUUUUCUUUGUUUACUUCUUAGAAAACAACUUUUGACGCAACGCAGAUAGCUAGAGGGGAGCUAAAGAGGUUGUAACUGCAUGGGUGCUCGCCAGAGAAAUUUUCUUCGCCACUGGCCGUCCUAGUGUUAGGCUCACUCGCCGGCUCCGAGACCUGUGCGCUCGCUAUCUACAAGCUGUGCUAGUGGUCCCUGUGCGUUGACACCAAUAACCAGGCUUGACACGACACAGCAACGAAAACGGAGAGCCUGCGGAAGGAAAUAACGGCGAAGAUGAAGUUCACCUUAAACCCCGUCACCUUAUCCAACCAGAUAGUUCAGAUGGGAGAUCCUCGAACGCGUGACUAUCCAUUGGUCACCAACCCUCUCUUCGUCUUCCCGAUGGUCGCCCUCUAUCUGUACUUUGUGAAGGUGGCGGGUCCACGCUGGAUGAAGGACAGAAAGCCGUUCAACGUCGUCAACCUCGUCCGCGCCUACAACCUGUUCAUGGUGGUAAUGUCGGUCAGGUUUCUCUGGUUUAUGCUACCGUUCACGUACUUACCCGGUGGCCACUACAACUUCUGGUGUCAGGGCAUCACUGGCUACAUGAACGAUGAGAUGAGGGCCUACUACAAGCAGGGCUGGAUCUUCACGGCCGUCCGCUACGCCGACCUGCUGGACACGGUGUUCUUCGUCUUGCGCAAGAAGUUCACCCACAUAUCGCACCUCCACGUAAUUCAUCACACGCUAGUCACCGUCAACGUCUGGUUCUACACGCUCUUCGCGCCUGAAGGGCAGCCGGCGCUGGGCCUGGCCCUGAACGUGGCCGUUCACGUGGUCAUGUAUUCGUACUACUUCCUCACCACUUUCGGACCGAAGGUCCGCAAGUAUCUCUGGUGGAAGAAAUAUCUCACGGCCGUGCAAAUAGUUCAGUUUGUCAUCAUGAUCAUCCACUUUUCCAUACCGCUGUUCGUCGACUGUGGCUUUCCCAGGCAUCUCAUUAUCAUUGGAAACGCGCAAACUUUCCUCGUCCUGUGUCUGUUCGUUAACUUUUAUGUCAAAAACUAUUCAUCUAAUGACUCUCCAUCGAGCACAAGACUUACACAGGUGCAAAAGCACGACAAGGUCACUGUAGACGGGAAAGCUGAGUAGAUUUAGCAGCGUAGAGUAAUUUAGCAGGUAUUCUAUGUCACUACUUGUCAUUGGGCAGUUUGUUGUUGCUAUAUGGCACGGUGCGCGUAAUCGCAAACCCCACCCGCCUUUCUUUCUUUUUUUUCUGCUGUACAAUCAUCGUCAUCAUCUCUUGUAGUGUGCGAGGGGAGAAGUUUCACUCCUAGUAACUUGGUAUACAGCUGUGCUGUAUCGGGAGCUAUGAACAGGUGCAAACACUUGUAAGUUCUGUACUGUGUUGUGUCUUUACAGCUGGACAUCAGCCCAUAUGUCGUUCCGAGCAAUACCGAUGUCGACGUCCUGUUGGAGCUGGCAGCCUUUUACAAUUCUUUAUCGUAAUCGUGCACGGCUGAGACAGCACUGAAUGUAAACAUACUUUGCCCUUUCCAAUGCCUAAGGACUCUAUCAACUUGCUGUUAUGUAUCAGGAAACUAAAAAAAAAACAGUCAUGACUCUCUUACACAUUAUUUCUAGCAAACUAACACACUUAUGAGUCCAACCAGGCAAUGGUAUCAUUUGCAUUCAUACCUUAUCUGGCCUCGUUCGCAAACGAGGAACCAUGCACAGCGUGAGUGGAAAGAAUUCGUUCAGGUCCACAUAUAAAUAUUAUAUAUUGCAGCUUUCAUCAAGUUGAAUAGAUGACUAGAAGUGAGCAGAGUGCAGUAAAGAAGUGGUGGAAAAGACGGUUACGUAAUAUUGAUAAUUUUACUAUGAAUAAACAUGGGCUAAUUCUUACUCGCUGAUGCAACUUUCUUAUACAAGACAUGCAAGUCAACAGUGAGCCUGUGAAUGCUGAAAAGUGGUAAGAAGAGUUGCUUUGGACGACAAAUGCUUGGCGAUGUCUUACCUGGCUGGACAUUUUGUAAUAUAAGGCUUUUAGCUAAUUAACGUAUGAGAGAACACGCUUGUUCAUUUGGUUCACACCGAUGUGUGAAUGUGUGUGAAUGUACAAGUCUGCCAGAGAAUACUUCACUCUCCUUGAGAAAGAAUCCCAGCGUUAACUGGAAGACAGAGAAAUGUACCUGUAGAACAUUCGACUGCAGUUUGUGGGACGUUGUACAUUGUGUAUAAAUGGCAAGAGAAUAAAGUUAUUUACUCCA